AUCACAUUGGCGCGGUCUUGAGCAUCUCGACACAUAUCUGAGAGUGUGGUGUUCCACGUACAGUUGCACCUGCCGCAUCUCGACGACCAGCCUUGCUACCAUACGCUCAGAUUGCAGCCUAAUCUUACUUCGCGCUGAUCAACGAACUCAUCCACAACUACCUCGAACUACGGCACUCGAAGGGUAAUCCACCACGUCACUCGAGAUGUCUCAAUCCUCGGCUGACUACACCCAAAUCAGCGGAUUCUACGGCCCUGGAACUUGGGCAGCAUGGGUCAUUACUCUCAUCACGUCCUGGAUACCCAUUUUGCGGAACGAUCACAAGCACAAUCUACACUACGUUAGCUAUGCGCUAUACACGAAUUGGGCCGCCAUUGAUCUCAUACGCCAGGCCAAGCCUUCUGCUGACCAUCGGACUCUUCGGGAAAUGAACGACGCCCAGUUGCAGAGUCUCGUCGCGGCUUCAGCAGUGGUACGAGUUGGCAUCUUCCAUGCAUGUUUGCAAAUCGCAAUAUGUCGAUUCAUAGCGAAGAACAAGGAUACCGAUACCAAAAAUAACAUCAAGAGGCGUCUCCGGUGCAUCGCCAUCGGCCUACUGCUCCCCGUACUGACGGACUUCUUUCUUGUGCCAUACUACCACAACGUCUUAGCCGGUCAUAGCAGGUUUGGUUACCCCAUGCUCGCAGUAGCUGUUUUUUUCACAGCAUUCAUGUUUUUGACUCAAAUCAUGGCGUCCUUGAACAAUACAUACACCGUACUGGACGUUGCUUUCGUAAUGACCUUGUCGUUGCUUAUUUCAAUGAUGGGUUGGGACUCUUUUAUCAUUGAUAGUGAUGCAGUGUCAAGUGAGCGGUGCUCCAUUGUUCCAUGUGCCCCGCAGACGAUUUUGGAAUGGGAUCAGGCUUUUUCCUUGCUUGUUGCGCUGUUGUUGCUCAUGUACGAGUAUUUCGCUAUCAUUGUCCAGCUCGUGAGAAAAGCAUUUCGGGGCGUAUCGAGCAGCGAGCAGCAAAGGGACUCAGGUCUAUUACUCAAGUGAAAGAUAGCAAUGCUCUUCCGGUUUCUUUUUCUAUGAUACAUGGUUGCAAGAUAGAAUUACUCGAAAGAAUGUAUCAAAAUAGACAUACAUGAGUUUGAAGUAGAGUCGGUAUGAAGCCCCUUAUUCAAUGUUGACGUUGUUACUAUACAUGCACCACCUAGAUCAGGAAAACUGAGCGCUCAACACACACUGGUC